UUGGAGUUAUAAUUCUGCCGGGAAACUACCAUAUGUCUAUACUAUCGCUUGCUUUCCACUAUAACGCUAGCAACACGUAUUUGUUAAACAAGUUUAUAAUUAUCGUAGCAGCACAGCAGCGCAGACAUGAAGCAGGCUGAGGCGCUAGCUGUGUCUGGGUAACUAGUAAACACUAGGAACACGGGAAGGCGAGAAGUCUCAACAUUACCACGGCCACAGAAUAGACGUGGAAAAUGAGGAGGAGUCUUGCUCCCAGUCAGAUUGCCAAACGCAAGCAGGAGGGAGAUUCCUGUGAAGAUGAAUGGACAUGUAAAACUGAGAAAAGAAGAAAGGGUGAUAAUGAAGUGAGAGAAAAUUACAUUUCUCACUUCAGAAUGCCUCUGACGCAGCUCAACAACCGUCCUGCAUGUAUGGAUGGUGCAAAACAUGAGGCAUUUAUUCAAAGUAUCCUCUCCAAGCCAUUUAAAAUUCCUAUUCCAAAUUACACAGGCUCACUGGGAAUCAGGGCACUUGGUCUAAAACGUACAGGAUUGAGGAGACCACUUCAUGAUCCCUUUGCCAAAGAUGCUCUGGUUCUUUAUGAGCCUCCAGCUCUGAGUGCCCAUGACCUGAUCAAGGCUGACAAAGACAAACUACCUGUUCAUGUGGUCGUGGAUCCAAUUUUAGGCAAAGUGCUCAGACCCCAUCAAAGAGAGGGCGUAAAGUUCCUGUGGGAGUGUGUGACAGGCCGACGCAUACCAGGAUCUUAUGGCUGCAUCAUGGCAGAUGAGAUGGGGUUGGGAAAGACCUUGCAGUGUAUCGCCCUGAUAUGGACUCUGCUACGCCAAAGCCCUGACACUAAGCCAGAGAUAGACAAGGCCAUUGUGGUUUCACCUUCCAGCUUGGUUCGUAACUGGAAUAAUGAAAUUAGAAAGUGGCUGGGAACACAUGUUACUCCAUUGGCCAUUGAUGGAGGCUCAAAGAAUGAGAUCGACAGACAACUAGAGAGCUUUAUUUCUCAGCACAACUUGAGAGUAUUGACCCCCAUCCUGAUCAUUUCAUAUGAGACAUUUCGACUGCAUGCUGAGGUUCUGCACAAGGGCAAAGUUGGACUUGUCAUCUGUGAUGAAGGCCACCGGCUGAAGAACUCUGACAACCAGACAUACCAGGCCCUGAAUUCCAUGAGUGCCCAGAGGAGGGUGCUGAUAUCAGGCACACCCAUCCAGAACGACCUACUGGAGUACUUCAGCCUGGUCCACUUUGUUAAUGCUGGAAUCCUUGGCACAGCCCAGGAGUUUAAAAAGCAAUUCGAACUUCCCAUCCUUAAGGGUCGGGAUGCAGAUGCCAGCGAUAAAGAGAGACUGACUGGAGAAGAAAAACUGAAAGAGCUAAUCAGCAUAGUCAAUAGGUGUUUGAUAAGGAGGACUUCUGAUAUCUUGUCCAAGUAUCUUCCUGUGAAAAUUGAGCAGCUUGUGUGCUGCAGGCUGACCCCUCUGCAGACAGAGCUCUAUAAACACUUCCUGAAGCAGGCUAAACCCAUUGAGACGUUACAGCAGGGCAAAAUAAGUGUCUCCUCCUUGUCUUCCAUCACAUCACUCAAGAAGCUGUGCAAUCAUCCAGCGCUUAUCUAUGAGAAGUGUGUGGAAGGUGAGGAGGGCUUUGAAGGGGCACUGGAACUUUUUCCUCCAGGCUACUCAAUUAAAGCUGUUGAACCUCAGCUCUCUGGGAAAAUGCUGGUUCUCGACUACAUUCUGGCCAUGACAAGGACCACAACAACAGACAAAGUGGUGCUCGUCUCCAACUACACACAGACUCUGGACCUCUUUGAAAAGCUCUGUAGAUCUAGAAGAUACCUCUAUGCUCGGCUGGAUGGCACUAUGUCCAUCAAGAAAAGAGACAAGAUUGUGGAACGGUUCAACAGCCCAUCUAAUCCAGAGUUCAUCUUCAUGCUGAGCAGCAAGGCUGGUGGAUGUGGCCUCAAUCUGAUUGGUGCUAACCGCUUGGUGAUGUUUGAUCCUGACUGGAACCCAGCUAAUGACGAGCAAGCAAUGGCUCGGGUGUGGAGAGAUGGCCAGAAGAAGACCUGCUACAUUUACCGACUUGUCUCUACAGGGACCAUUGAAGAGAAGAUCCUGCAGAGGCAGGCCCAUAAGAAAGCCCUGAGCAGCUGUGUGGUGGAUGAGGAGCAGGAUGUGGAGCGUCACUUCUCUCUGGGUGAACUCCGAGAACUCUUCACUCUCAACGAAGACACUGCCAGUGAUACACACGACAAGUUCCGCUGUUGCCGCUGUGUGAGUGGCAGAGAAAUACGACCACCUGAUAAUGAUGCUGACUGUACCAGUGACCUCUCCCAUUGGAACCACUGUUUUGACAAGAAAGGCCUGAGGGACCCAGUGUUGAAAGCAUCCUGGGAUGCUGCUGUAUCCUUCGUCUUCCACCAGCGCUCUCAUGAGGACCAGAAGGGCAUUGUAUAGAAGGAGGAAUGUAACAGACUGUCAAUCACAUUACCACGUAUACUGUAAAUAUGGAUAUUUAUGUGUG